UCCAGACAGCAGGUGUGACUGCGGCGCCGCUGCGGUGGGCCUGGACCUUCUGCAGGUCACAAGCAGUGGCACCAGACGUUCACUGUGGUUCUCACUUGUUUUGCAUGAAACCAGGCCUCUGGGAAAGUUGCUACCUCGCAGAGCUUUGCAUUUCCCACAUCGUUUGUUAGGGGUUUGUUCGCAUCACGCUCGGUCAACGGUGGCUCUAUGAAUAUCGGGGCCACAACAGCAGGACUCAGUUUAGAGGAGCAGCUGCUGCAGCAAAUAUAUUCAUAGAUUCAUAGAACUCAAAUCAUAUAUUCACUUUAAGUCUCAUCAUGACACCCGAGGACACAGGACUGAAGCGACUCUUUCCUUCAGUCAAGUUCAUGCUGGUUGUGCUGAUUCUUAUGCCAGCUCCGUCCACGCCCAUGCUGCAGAACUGCUCUCAGCCAAACCAGCCCGCUCUGCUGGACGCCCUGAACCCGGUCUUCAACUUGAGCGCCAUACGACCAGUCAUGAACCUGACAACCUGCACCAACAUCACCACGUUCUUCACUCUGUAUGGGAUACUGGGAGUGGUGGGUUCAGGGUUGCGCUUUUACAGUUUGAUCUUUUACUGCAGGAAAAGCAAAGCAAAGUGCUUUAAAGUUGCUCCUCGCGCGUUGCAGGAUGAAAAGGCUCAGCUGUUGAACACGUACAUCUGGCUGGACUACUGGUGGAUGAACGAGUUCAUCAGCUGGGAUCCGAUCCAGUGCGGCACCGACAAGAUCGCUCUCCCCAGAGAGAAGUUCUGGACGCCUGAUAUUGUGAUCAACGAAUUCAUGAAUGAAAACACAGCCCCGACGGUCCCCUACAUGUACCUGUCCAGCGACGGCUCCGUUCACGACGCUCUGCCCGUCAGAGUGGUCAGCUCCUGCAACCUUGACAUCUACACCUUCCCCUUCGACGUCCAGACGUGCAACUUGAGUUUCAACUCCUACCUCCACUCGGCAAAGGACAUCAAGAUUGUCCUGGGUUUGCCCGCCGAGAGCAUCUCUGAGUUUUCCAAGGAGGCGAUGGCCACUAUGGGGGAGUGGGAGCUGCUGGACAUCACCGCUGACAAACCGCCCCACCCCGAUGAGGAUGAAUCUACCUACAUUGACAUGCUGGUUUUCCACAUCACCGUGAGGCGCAGACCCACCAUGUACGUGGUGAACCUCCUGCUGCCCAGCUGCUUCCUCAUCACCGUCGACCUCUUCAGCUUCCUGCUGCCUCCGCAGACUGUGGACCGGUCGUCCUUCAAGAUGACCCUCAUCCUGGGCUACACCGUCUUCCUGCUCAUCAUGAACGACCUGCUGCCCAUCACCGGCAACACCAUACCGCUCAUAAAUGUGUUCUUCUCUCUCUGCCUGGCCCUGAUGGUGGCCAGCCUCCUGGAGACCAUCCUGGUCACCAACCUGCUGUGCGGCUCUGCCAGGUUCCCGCCCGUCCCUCGCUGGGUCCGGGUGCUCGUUCUGCAGUUCCUGGGCUGUCUGCUUUGCCUGCCUCACACACAGGAAGAGUCAGACACUGAAGUCAGCGCUGUGAAGGCAAAGAGCGAGACGGAUGAGGAGCGUCCGGAGGAGAGGGAACCAGCGACGGAGGACAAGGCCGUGGAGGAGCUGAGGAGCCUGGGCAGAGACCUCCAGGCCGUCCGCCAACAGGUGGAGCGGCAGCUGGGCAGAAAGCGGGAGGCAGAGGACUGGAUGCAGGUGGGCUUCAUCAUAGACCGCCUGCUGUUCACCGUCUACAUCCUCUUCCUCUCGGUCAGCUUCAUCACCAUCAUCAUUAUCUGGGUGACCUCAUACAAACAGUGACAGCCUGUUUCUGAGCCGUUCAUAAUAUCACUGUUUAUUAUUUACAAUAGACAUGCUAUAGUUAUUGUACUGCUGUCUAUAAGAACAGAUGCUGAUGUUAUCACUAUUGAAAAAUCAAACUAGCUCUACUAUAAUAACUUUGUCUCUUGUGUUGUACUGUGCUAUUGUAUCCAUAAUAAA